AUGAGUAAGUUAAUUAAUGGUUUUAUUACUUCAAUAGAUAUUUAUUCAAUUGGAGUGAAUCUUAACUAUAAAUAAUCAGAGAAGUAAAAGAGCUUUUUUGGGGGGUUCAUAUCUAUUUUAACUUUUGGGAUUAUAGGUCUUGUCUUAUGGGAAUAUGGUAAAGAACUUUACAUUAAGAAAAACCCUAUUGUAAUCUAGAGCUAAAGAUAAAUUAUUCAAGCUUAAAGAGUUUAAGUUGAUAAAAAUAAUAUCAUAAUGAUGGUUGGAAUUUAAGAUUAGUUUUCUAAAUCUUUUGUUGAUCCUUCAUACUUUACAGUAAAGGCAGUUAUUUAAUAAUUAGUUUAAACUACUGACCCUAAUACAGGGCAAGUUAAUAAGUCAUUAAAGUAAUAUGAUAGAGAGAUAUCUGCAUGUAAUCUAGAUGAUGUAGGCAUAGAAGAUCUCAAACCUUACUUCUCAUCUUUUAAGUAUAGUGAUUACUUCUGUCUAAAAAGUAGAAAUCAAGACGAAUAAAAUUAUAUUGAAGGUGAUUUUGAUGAGUAAUCAUUUUCUUAAAUUUAUAUUUACAUCUAAAAAUGUACUAAUUCUACUGAUUAAGGCAGCGUAAUAUGUAAGAGCCCAGAUUAAAUCAAUAAUGUUAUGGGAAAUACCAAAAUUUCUUUAUACCUUUCAGAUUAGCUCAUAGUUCCAACUUCCUUUGAGUAGCCUUUUCAAAAUAAAGGAAUUAACCUUUUUUCUACUAUUUCUACUUACUUUUAGAAAGAAAUUUAACUCUACUACACUAACAGUUAUAUUGAUACAGAUUAAGGAAUUUUUUACCCGGAUAUUUAUUAAAUAAGAGGGUUUUCUUUUGUAACAUAAAGUGAAGUUAUAUACCAUGACUAAUCAAAUACUAUUUGCAGAGUUUUAUUAAGGCUAAGAAAAUAGAAAGAAGAUUAUAUGUAAAGAAGAUAUGAAAAAGUACUUGAUGUUACUGCUUAAGUUGGUGGUUUACUAAAAAUAAUUACUAUGAUUGGUGCUAUUUUGUUAGGUCCAUUUUAAAGGUUAUAUUAUAAUAAAAAUUUAGUUAAUUAACUUUUUUCUUUUUAAUUAAAUGAAAUUACAAAUGAAAAUAAAAAUGAAUAACCAUAAUUAAUUUCAGAAGAGUAAAAUAGUGAUAAAUAACAAAAGCAAAGUUAAUAAGUUUAGGAAACAAAUGAAAUCAUAAAAUAAGUGCCUGAUAUCUAAAGAGAUUAAUCUAUUAAUGCCAAUCAACUAGUAUUCAGUUAAUCAAAUAAAAAAUCUAAAAUUAAAAAUGCAAUGAAAAUUUUUGAUACAUCCUAAUAAACUAUCUAAUAUAAAUUUUUUGAUUAUUUGAAGCAUUUCUUUUGUUCUAAAAGAAAGGCUUUGAAGAGUAAGAAGAUUUUACUUGAUUAUAGCAUCAAGAAGCUAAAUUAAAACUUAGAUAUUUUGCACAUUUUAAAUAAAAUGAUAGAAAUUGACAAACUAAAGUAUUUGAUUUUUGAUGAAGAUUAAAUGAAGCUUUUUGAAUUUAUCCCUAAACCCAAAAUUGGUCUCAAUGAUAUUGAAAUAGAUGGUUAAAAGGAAUUUACUAGCUCAUAAAAUACUAAUAUUAUAUCUAAAAAUAAAUAAAGAAAUAGCCAUAAUUAUUAUUUUUAGGCAGAUAAAACUUCAGAAGAAAAGGCAAAAGAUGCUUAACUAAGCUUCCUAAAGAUUUAUUAGAAAAAGAAUAAAUCUAAAAUAGAUGAAAAAUUAAUAAACACAAUUGAUCCUAAUAUGAUUAAAAGUAUAAAUUCAAAUAAUAAUUUAGUAUCCAAAUUAUUAACACCUGUUUCUUUAAACUCUUCUAUGGAUAUAUCUGUUCCACAUUAUAAUAGCUAUAAUAAUUGUUAGAUUUACUCAAAUUAAACAUAAAAUCACUAAUCUAAAAAGUAAACUCAUUUCAGGUUAAACUAAUUAUAUUAAAACACACCUGAUAAUGUACUUAGUUAAUAGCGUUCCUAAGAUGUUGCAACAAUUGAAUAAUAAUAAUAAUAACAUAAUGAUGAAAAUUCUGUAAUUGAUUCUUGCUUUAUAACCGAUUAUGAAGCAACUGGCAUAAAUUUAGUAAAAAAUAAUACAAAUUUCUUUGACUAAAGUCCAAUAAUUACAUAAAAUAGAGAGAAAAAUAAUAAUAGUUAGGUGAGUAAAUUAGAAGAAAUUCAAUAAUCAAAAUUACUUGGAGAUUUUAAUUGA